AUGAGUCGGUAUGUAAUUAAUAACUCUCCUGAAUUCACUGGGCAGCUGCUAUCAGGGGUGACUGAACAAAUUAGAAGAGAGCUUCCUACUAUGAUUAGUAUAAUGGAAAGAGAAUAUCCACCAAGAUCAGAUUACCAAUUAGAUUCAUUAGGGAAUAAGAAAAAAAGAUAUUCUAUUUAUACAGGAUCAGGUGGAAAUUUAUAUUUUUACUAUAAUUUGUACACAAAAUACAGCAGUGAGUACAAAAGUUGUUUGGAAGAAGCCAUAAUAGCUAAUCUAAAUUCAUGUCAAAGUAACAGAAAUACUACAUUAGGAUUUUUAACAGGAAGAUCAGGAAUUUAUGCUAUUACAGCAGCCGCAUCAAAAACUAUAAAAUAUGUUGAAGAUCUUUGCAGAGAUGAAAAUCUUAUCCCGGAAAGUGAAAACGAGCUAUUGAAUGGUUUAGCUGGAUAUAUUUAUUCAAUAAUUUUUAUAAUUGAUAGAUGAAGCGAUGUGCCACUCAGAGAAGAUUUGAUUGCCUUAUUAAACAGAACUGUAGAUGAGCUUGUCAGAAGAGGAAAUAAUUAUGGAAUGCUGAAAUAUGAAUGGCCUAUUGGAAGAGGGAAAUAUUAUCUAGGCGGCGCUCAUGGGAGUAUUGGAGUCAUAAUGAUGCUGCUACAAAGCAGAAAAUACCUACAAAAUCAUUAUGACCAUGUUAUAAGAGACACAUUAAGAUACUUGCUAAGCUUGAGGUUUCCGUCAGGAAAUUUUCCAUCAUCAGAAGGGAAAACUCGAGAUGAUUUAGUCCACUUUUGUCAUGGGGCUACAGGAGCUGUCCCUAUGCUGUGUCAAGCCUUUUUAGCUUUUCAGGAUCAAAAUUAUUUAGAUGCUGCUAUAAGGGCUGGGAAUGUUAUUUGGGAGCGUGGGCUGAUAAAAAAAGGUAAAGGCGUUUGUCAUGGAAUUUCAGGAAAUGGUUAUGCGUUUUUAUCUUUGUAUAAGGCUACGUUAGAUAACUUAUGGCUUUAUAGGGCUCAAUGCUUUGCUGAUAAGAUGCUGAAUGAUCAAAAUUUAAAUCGGGAAAUAGAAAAUUAUGAAGAUUCUCAAAGAUUGGUUACAGGGAUGCCAGAUCGUCCAUUCAGCCUAAUGGAAGGACUUGCUGGGAACAUUUUAUUUUAUCUAGAUCUGUUGAAUCCACAAGAAGCGAAAUUUCCUGCAUAUGAAAUUUAA